AUGAAUUCUGUGUGUCCCACGCCCAUUCGGUACUCUGUCGCAUUACCCUAUGUUCCGUUUUCCAUCAGUUUUACUGUCCUCACCGCCAAAUUUUGCGUUCCUGGCGUUGCCAAUGCUGACUUCGUCAUCUUCCCUCCACGUUGCGUCGUUGCCAAAGACAUUAUGAGAAGUGAAGCUAACAGAGAUAGUGUUGGUAAAACUGUAUAUACUGUGGAAAAUGAGCCAGAUCCUAUUCCGUCCUCUUAUCUACAUCGUGCCUGCAUGCGCGAAUUCAUGGUAUCAACUAUCGGUAAUCACGAAGCAAUACCGGCAGAUUCGUAG